AAAUGCGGUAUAUGAAAUCGCUAGUUUUGUCUCAAUAAAAAUAAAAUAAAAAAUAACGCCACGCGCGACGUGGGAACAUAAGUGAAUUAUUUGUGUUUCCUUGAUGGGUUAUGAGUUUUCCCACAUUGUAAAGCGGCACCUGAAGGCAUCGCUCUGGUUUGUAGUAAACGGGGUGCUGCAGCACACAUCCGCGUAGUCCGCACUCAGCGCACUGUUAUGCGGGCAGCCUCCGCCGGAGCUCCACGGUGGAGCUUCCCCCGGCUUUCGUGCCUUCGCAUGCGGACAGUGACAACCUCUCAGUGGAGGUCUGGCUCACAAAUGCACCACUAUACUCUUAAAGUAUUUGGAAGAGCUCAAUUUCAACAUUUUGUUCCCCCUCGAUAGUUAAAAAAAAGUAGUGCGUGACGUAAAGGAUUGCAUUAGUUUUUAAAAUAUUAUUUACAUAUAUAUUUAUUUAUUUUUGUCCUGUUUAAUGUCAUGAAAUUGGGUUGCAGAAGAGUAAAGUCUUAAACGUGUGAUGUAGAAUUUGGACCAAUCAGUCGUAAAGCGAGAAGUAAUGGGCUAUAAAUCGCACAGUGUUUCCGUAAACUCACCGGUCAACCACUGCGGUCGAUGAGUCAAGGAGUCCGGUGACUCGUUAAGCCAUUCGGUGGUUGUGAAAGCCCUCACUCCCCGUUCCAGGGGGGCGCGUGAUGGCGAGCGCCUCGUCUUAGCCGAGCCGCAUGCGAGACUCCCCCUCUUCAUGGCCUCUGGGCGACGCCAUGUCCGGCGCGGAAGUCUGUCCCAGCGCGAGCGGGAACCCGCCCCCGCCCGAGGUGGUCAACGCGAAGCGACCGGGACGCAGCACCAACCAGCUGCAGUACCUGGAGAAGUCGGUGUUCAAAGCUCUGUGGCGCCACCAUUUUUCCUGGCCCUUCCGCCAGCCCGUCGACGCCGUCUCGCUGCGUCUUCCCGAUUAUUACACAAUUAUCAAGACUCCAAUGGAUAUGGGCACCAUUAAGAGGCGACUCCAGAACAAAUAUUACUGGAAAGCAAUGGAAUGCGUACAAGACUUCCACACCAUGUUCACUAACUGCUACAUGUACAACAAGCCCGGAGACGACAUCGUUUUCAUGGCGCAGACACUGGAGAAGCUUUUUCUGCUCGAAGUCUCCAAAAUGCCCAAAGACGAAUGUGAAGUCCUGCAAAGCGCCCCAAAGGAAGCAGUCAAAGUGAAGAAGAGCAAUGCUGCAGGGUCACUGAAGCCAAGACCCGACGUGGUCCUCCAGCACACUGUGACGAUCAUCCCAUCAGAUGCUCCUCGCCCAGUGUCACCCGUGCACAUCUCAGCUCGGAUGGAUGAAAGUAUAAAAAAAGGUAUGAAGAGAAAAUUGGAGGCCACCCCCUCGGCGGUCACCAGCAGCGUCAGCGAAGUGCCGGCAACGCUCGUGCUAUCUGCUAGGACGGGUAGCGGGCGGCCCAUCAAGGCGCCAAAGAAAGACCUCAGCGACUUGGAGGACAAGCGGGCCAAACUGACCGAGCCGCUGCGUCACUGCGACGCCAUCUUGAAGGAGAUGCUCUCUAAGAGGCACUACGCCUACGCGUGGCCCUUUUAUACGCCCGUGGACACCGUGGCCCUGGCGCUGCACGACUACCACGACAUCAUCAAGCAGCCCAUGGACCUCAGCAACAUAAAGAAAAAAAUGGAGCAGCGCGAGUACACCGUCGAUAAGGAGUUUGCUGCCGACGUCAGGCUGAUGUUCUCCAACUGCUACAAGUAUAACGCUCCUGCACACGAGGUCGUCUACAUGGCCCGGAAGCUGCAGGAGGUUUUCGAGGCGCGCUACGCUAAGGUUCCGCAGGAGCCGGCGCAGGGAUGCGUGGCGGCGCCUCGUGGGCUCGAUAAGCCCAAAGGCGACUGCGUGCAAAGGCGCUCCCUCUCGGCCACUUCCUCUUCCUCUGAGAGCGAGAGCUCUUCUUCUGACACGGAGAGUUCGUCAGAGGAGGUCGCCACGCAACUCGCCAACCUGGAGGAGAAGGUCUGUCGGAUUAACCCCUGACCUCUGUUUUGUUGUGCCUACAAGACAUACAUUGAACCCUCAUAAAAAAAAUUGUGAAUAGUCGACCCCUCCAAAAAAUGUUUGCACUAUAGUCACCUGUAAGUGUCCCACAGUGCCUGUACGGCCUGUGCCUCGCUUUUUGGGCCAUGUGUAUUCUGCAUAAAGAGUACAACUUUUUUUUUUUCUCUCUUUCUUGCUCAAAAUUGUCUCUGUAUUUUUCUUGUCAGUCAAGAUGGACCGAUGUGUUUUUUGUUUUGUUUGUUGGUUUUUUUUUUCAGGACCCAUACCGCUUAUUAGUAGUCAAGGAGGCUGAUAACCGAUAUUUGGAGCCGAUUUUCAUUUACAGUAAAAGGGAAAAUCAGUGGGAAAACUCCAACACUUUGUUUAAAUGCCUUUAAGUAUAUGUUUAUUCAGCAGCUUUUCAGAUUUGCAACAUUUCAUUUUUUUUUUUUUUUUAUAUAAAUCUUAGACAAUGGACAUCUUUUUUUUUUUAAUUCUGAAAGAGCAGAGAGUUCCGUGCUCAACACCAUGUCUUAUAAAGUUAAAUAAAAACAUCAUCAAAUAAAUAGCUUCCCUAAGUUUUCUACAGUAAAUGUUUUCCAAAAUUUCAGUGGAAAUUAAAUGAAAUCUUUCACUCAUCUUUGUUUGGAGUUCAAACAAAUUAGUGCAAGAGU